CGCAGGCGCUCUGGGGCCGCGAGGAUUUCUGGGUAAACAUGGAUGUCCAUGACUUGUUUCGCCGGCUGGGCGCUGGGGCCAAAUUUGACGUGAAACGGUUCUCAGCCGACGCAGCCCGAUUCCAGAUAGGAAAAAGGAAAUAUGGCUCUGAUUCUUCAGAGGUGCUGAAGAGUCUGAACUUCUUUGGAAACAAGAAGUCUGUCCCAGGUGAGUGUGGUGUACCACAAACACACCAGGGACUGCAAAAUGAAGAGAAGAAAGAAGAGAGCCCAACUGAAAGCAAGAGGGAGCCAAACAAGAAAAAGAGGAAGAAGAUGAUUUCAGAAAUUAUUUCUCAUGAAGAAGAUACUACUAUACAGUGGAUGUCAUCUGUGGAAGCAAAGAUCGAAGAUAAAAAAGUUAAAGGAGAAAAUAAACUAACGUCAGAGAAAUUGGAACAUCUCCGAAAGGAAAAGAUAAACUGCUUCCGGAACAAACACAAAAUUCAUGUCCAAGGAACUGAUCUUCCUGAUCCAAUUGCUACAUUUCAGCAACUUAACCAGGAAUAUAAAAUUAAUUCUCGACUGCUUCAGAACAUUCUAGAUGCAGGCUUCCAUGCGCCAACACCAAUCCAAAUGCAAGCCAUUCCAGUUAUGCUGCAUGGUCGGGAACUUCUGGCUUCUGCUCCUACAGGAUCUGGAAAGACUCUAGCUUUUAGCAUUCCCAUUUUAAUGCAGCUGAAACAGCCCACAAAUAAAGGCUUCAGAGCGCUGAUUAUAUCCCCAACCCGAGAACUUGCCAGCCAGCCAGAUAACCCCCCCUCCAAUAUUCUUGUGACUACUCCUAAUCGACUAAUUUAUUUAUUAAAGCAAGAUCCACCAGGAAUAGACCUAACAAGUGUCGAGUGGCUGGUGGUAGAUGAAUCAGACAAACUGUUUGAAGAUGGCAAAACUGGAUUUAGAGACCAGCUGGCUUCCAUUUUCCUGGCUUGCACAUCCCACCAGGUCAGAAGAGCUAUGUUCAGUGCAACUUUUGCAUAUGAUGUUGAACAGUGGUGCAAGCUCAACUUGGACAAUGUCAUCAGUGUAUCCAUUGGUGCAAGGAAUUCUGCAGUGGAGACAGUAGAACAAGAACUUCUCUUUGUUGGGUCUGAGACUGGAAAACUUCUGGCCAUGAGAGAACUUGUUAAAAAGGGUUUCAAUCCACCUGUUCUUGUUUUUGUCCAGUCCAUUGAAAGGGCUAAAGAACUUUUUCAUGAGCUCAUAUAUGAAGGUAUUAAUGUGGAUGUUAUUCAUGCAGAAAGAACACAGCAACAGAGAGGUAACACUGUCUACAGCUUCAGAGCAGGAAAAAUCUGGGUUCUUAUUUGUACAGCCUUGCUUGCAAGAGGGAUUGAUUUUAAAGGUGUGAACUUGGUGAUCAACUAUGAUUUUCCAACCAGCUCUGUGGAAUACAUCCAUAGAAUAGGUCGAACUGGAAGAGCAGGGCAUAAAGGAAAAGCUGUUACAUUUUUCACUGAAGAUGAUAAGCCAUUAUUAAGAAGUGUUGCCAAUGUUAUACAGCAGGCCGGUUGUCCUGUACCAGAAUACAUAAAAGGUUUUCAGAAACUACUAAGCAAACAAAAGAAAAAGAUGAUUAAGAAACCAUUGGAAAGGGAGAGUAUUAGCACAACUCCAAAAUAUUUCUUAGAGCAAGAUAAAGGUAAACGGCAAGUGCUUAUUCUACUGAGCUAUCGCCCUGGCCCUCAGGACUACAUGUUUUGGGAGAGGUAG